AUGAAACAAUUGCCAAAUGUGCCAUCUAAUCAAGCCUCAUCGCAUCAGACAGCAAAACGGGUAAACGAGUAUCAAUCUCGUCUCAUUUGCGGGAUUAAUUCUACUAUAUUAAGUUCUUAUUACGGUUCAAUGCCGUUCAACGCCGAGAACUCGGUAGAUUCGCGGGAACGUUGGAAUGUCCGGAUAGAAAACUGUGACUGGACCGAAUUACGUUUCAGCCCGGAUACCUGCAGACGUCAGUUAAACUUGAAACUAAGUCUAUCUCUUUUCAAGUUUUCCCUUGCAAAAGUUUAUAAGUUAUUCGGAUUACACAAGCACGUCUUACCGAUGAAAGAUAACCACUCGUUCACUCGCGCGCCGGUGCGUGCGGUGGUUCCAGCCCAACGGGUCACUACAUCUGCAGGUCACGAGAUACCUGCCACGAAAUCUCCGAGAGGCUCGUUGCAGGUUCCAUGUCGAUUUCGUGGCACUCAAGCCUGCUCUUUCCGUUCACCCCCCAUCCGCAGCGUCUUUGCCGACAUAAGACCUGUUAAAAUGUAUCGCUAG